AUGCCACCCAUAGGCCGUCGAGGGCGCCCUACAGCCAGCUCCGAGGAGUCCCGUCUCCGCGACCUGUCACCCAGUGAUACUCUCCGUGCCUUUACCGAGCAACCUAUGCCAUUCGAUACCAGUCUCGAGGAAUACAGCGUUUUCCGCUGUAUUGAUAGCUUAACACCUGCUGAGAAGAACCUGGGCGCAAGGGUUGCCAAAGCCGCACAGCGGUUACAGAGCUGGUGCCAGGAGAUAGAGCAAUGGCGCUGGACAGGAAGCUUUGAGCCUCCCAGCGAGGAGAUUCUUGACAAGCGACGGAAGGAGAUUGAAGAUUGCGUACGGGAGCAUGUCCAGGGCCCAAUGGAUGUUGAUAGCAUGGGGCGACUCGAAUACCUUGGGUCAUUGCUUGCUGUGGAAGUGGAAGCGCACGAAGCGCGUCUCGACGAGAUCAGCGAGGAGCUGCAGACUCUGGAAUAUGAUGACCUCAAGGAGCAUCUCAGAGACAUCUACGGGCCCAACAGGUCAAGACCGCCCUCUGCGGGGUAUGGGGCAGGGCAAUCCAGAUAUGUUCCUUUGGAUGACUUCUCCAUGUUGAUUACGCAGACCCUGGUGGCUUCUCUUCCUCAUUACGUCCAACUCCAAGAACGACUCAAUACAUGGACGGCACGGCUUACUAUCCUUCGGGAAGUUCCUCGAUACGUCAACGGCCUGCAGACCAUUCAGAAAGCCAUGGCAUUAGGGUGGGACGCUCUACAGCCGCCCAAGGACACUUCCGAUAGGGCUUUCGCCAAGUGGGAGGAAGCAGUAAAUACAAUCUACGGUGUGCUGCAGGACAAGAUCAGCGACCUGGGCCGAUGUCUCGACGGAAUGCUCGACGCCUUGGAGGGGCGUGAUGAUUGCUUGCCAGACAAGUGGAUUGAUGAUUUCGAGAGCGUCGAAGGCGAUUUCAAGCGUUGGGUAGCUGAAUCGCGCAAAAGAUUGAUAGAAUUCGACUUGCUCAGGAAAACGGAGCAAGGUGUCCAGGUCUUGACCUUAAGGGGUGGGGCAGGUUCCGAUACAGAGUCACCGCAUCCGGCUCCGGUUGUACCAGCGGUCUCUCUUCAAACAGGCAUCGACAGCGAGGACGGCUGCUCAACAGAAAAUACACCACAAGCAACCAACAUGGACUCUCGACCUAGAGCUGUCACUGCCAUCAAAGUGGGCGACUUGCAUUCAUCCAGCAAUCCGAACCCGUCGCCUACCGAGGCCGCCAAGGAGGAUAUGUCUCACGAGGCGGAUACAGUAACUACUGACUCGGAAUACGAAGAAGGCGACACGGUAGUACACCAUGAAAUCGAAGACGUUGAAGGUAGCUUCUGCGGCGAUCCCGAACUCAUCGACCCCCAUGACUCCAAAUCCCCGCUGGUCGUCACAGUUCAAGAUAGUGAUGAUAUUCACCAUCUGAUACAUCGCCCCACCACUCCGCGCUCGCGACGCAAUAGCAAUGUCUCCGUUACUUCAGGCUUUUCCUUAUCCUCCAGCCCACGCAGCCUGAUUGAAGACUCCCCUUCAACUCGCGGAGCCAACAAUCGACGCGCAAAAGCACCUCGACCCCAGUUGAACGCCGCAAUUGGCAAACGUCGCCCACUGAAGAUAAUGGACGACUCCGCGCUCGACGACAUACCUCCAUGGCCUCCCACCCAAUUCUCCCAGCAGAUCUCUCCCAACGGCAGCACCGAAGAGCUCGACCGCAAAAUCUCCGACAUUCUGACCACGAUCCCUGGCAACAUCCGCCUUACUUCGCAAUCCACCCGCGACGAAGCCAGAUCCACCCGCGGAAAGCUCAGCAGUAAGCCUAGUAGAGGCUAUCUCCGCUCCACGCGCUCAAUGAACACCCUCAGGAACCCGCCGAUUACGCUCUCCGCUGCCAAAUCCUCGAACCCCGAAACGGGCGCCAAUGGCUCCACAGGUCGAAGAUCCGCGGCGUCGGUGCGACCAGACAAUGACAUCAAACUGUACCACCUCACGCAUCCGGGGAAAGAAAAACCCCUGAAACUCUUCAUCCGUCGCGUAGGGGAGAAUGGCGAAAGAGUCAUGGUCAGGGUUGGGGGCGGAUGGGCUGAUUUGGGAGAGUAUCUGAGACAGUACAUUGAGCAUCAUGGACGGCGGACGAUUAGUGAGGGGCGUUUUGAGAUCCAUGGGCUUGAAGGAAAGAAGGUGCUUGAUAAGGAGAACCAGGGAGAGAAGGCAGACACUACGCCUGGUAGGCCGCAGAGCGCUAUGAGCUCCGUGAAAAGGGAUCGACGCUUCAGCGGCGGCAGCACAUCCACCACGACGCCGAAGCGCGUACCACUAGCUCCGCGCGCAGCGACGAGUCUAUCAAAUACACCCGGCAGCGCGGUUCUCCCCGAAGACGAGGUAACAGCGACGCCGUCGACGGAUGCAUCCCUUCGCUCGUGGCGGGGAGACGAAGUCGGGCUUGCGGGACCCAAGGCUAAGAAACUGGAUCUCAGCGGCGAGAAGCUCGAAUGGCUCGAGGGAAUGAUGAAGCAGGCGAGGAGUGUCAGUAGUGGGAAUUUGCUGCCGCCGGGCGGGAAGCCGGAAGGAGUGGGCCGCGAGGGAGUGAGUAGUCGGUCGGAGAGUAGAAAUGAGAAUAGGAAUGGUAGACCGAGGACGGCAGGCGCGGGUGCGGCAGGACCGACGGCGCCGGCGUUUGCGGAUCUGGGCAAGUUUAUUACCAAGGAGGAAGCCAGGAAAAUGGCAGAAGCUCACCCGGAAUGGAACCGAUGGAUCCUGAUACCCGCCAACGAGAAGGACAGUAUGCUGGCUCGAAUCAACGUACGGUUGAUGUCCGAGGGCAUCCCUCCGGUUGAGAUGAUUAUUUUGAAGUGGAGAGUCUCACAAUUGCUGCGGGAUAUCCAGAGAAAAUACACCGAAGGUAGCAUUGGCGGCCUGUUGAUGGGAGCAGGAGGUCCACCACAUUCGCCAACGCAUACCCCGACGCAUCCAGAAGCGGGCCGCAGCAUGCAGCAGUCGACGCAGAAUCAACGAUCUGGAUAUUCACCGAGCGACACACGGCCGUACGACCCAAUCAGGGAUGUGUAG